AUGAGCGCGAAUGCGGUUCAAGAGUCACUAGAUUCCGUAUGGAGACUCAAAGGAAUAAAAUAUCCUCCCAAGUCCAAGAACUUGUUCAAAAUUGUGACCCAGAACCGGAAUGGGCCAUGCUCACUCAUCGCGCUUGUAAACAUUCUGAUAUUGAGGCGAUCGAUCACAAUUCUUCCUGCUGAAAGGACAUACGUCUCGUAUGAGUAUCUUGCAUCACUGGUUGCCGAUUAUUUGGUGAAUUCGCACCACUCUUUAUCCGAAGUUGAUUUGAAUGCUGCACUUGCGGUUCUCCCCUUAAUACAAGAGGGAAUGGAUCUGAAUCCUCGGUUCACCGGCAUAUCGUCCUUUAGCGACUCGUCCGGCAAAGGGGAAUUGAAACUCUUUCAGCUCUGCGGAGUGACCUUGGUCCAUGGGUGGCUCGCAGAUCCAUUUUCUUCCGAAUACUCCGUCAUUUCAAAGGCCGGAGAUUAUGAUACCGCUCUUAAUCUAAUCGUAGCGGGUGAAGAAAGUCCGCAGAAUACCGACCAUAAUACCGACAACGAUACACAUUAUCGUGAUGCGGUAGUGAUCCGGCAAUUCCUGGAGUCAAACAGCACACAAUUGACGUAUUAUGGCCUAUUCAGCCUACUCGAUAUUGACUCCGGAUUAUACGCCUUCAUCCGAAAUUCCCAUCUUUCCGUUUUGCUGAGGUACACUGGGCCUGACUCAGAGUCGUCACUCUGGACACUGGUUACCGACAGCAAUUUCUCGCGAGAACCUGAGGUUGUUUGGGAAAGUCUCGGUGAUGUUGACGGCUCAAGUUCUCGCUUUGUCAACGGCGAUUUGAUUCUGUCCAGUACUGCAGGUGGUGAUUUUGCCGGAACGACUACCGAAAAGGUCCUACAAGGAACUGAAGCCGUCGGAAAUGCGAAUUACGAUAUAGACCUGGCGCUGGCCAUUCAACUCCAAGCAGAAGAAAACGAGCUUAUUCCUGACAGUGGGCGUCUGAAUCCGGAAAGCGGCCCCUCGUCAACAGGCUCCGCGACACCUGUCCCAGUCCACAAUAUUCAGUCUAACACGCCUAGAGCGCUGGUCACACCCAACCCUGGCCCUAUGGCCCAUGGACACCAACCAGCGCGGCAACAGAUACCGCGCAACAAUACACUCCGGCCCGCCCCCCCAUCUUUGGGAGCAGUGCCACGAAGAAAAGAUGGGCCACGAGUAAGGGACAGUGGUUGCAUAAUCAUGUAA